GCAGAAAUGUAAUUUCGUUUUCUCUGCAGGAGUUCAUCAAUUUCAUAAAUGCAACACAUUAUAGUUUGUUUAUACAUAGCAUAAAGGCAAAAAAAACGUUGUAUGCAGUGUUAUUUCAUUUUAAAUGUCAAACGGGUUUUGCGGCUCCCAGUGUUUUCUUUUCUGUGGGAAACGGGUCCAAGUGGCUCUUUCAGUGGUAAAGGUUGCUAGGGGGAUGGAGUAUAAGAACAGGGAGGUCUUACUGCAGUUGUACCGGGUAUUGGUGAGACCACACCUGGAGUACUGCGUGCAGUUCUGGUGUCCAUAUUUAAGAAAGGACAUACUGGCUCUCGAGGCAGUGUAGAGAAGGUUCACUAGGUUAAUUCCGGGGAUGGGUGGGUUGAUGUAUGAUGAGAGGUUGAGUAGAUUGGGACUCUACUCAUUGGAGUUCCGAAGAAUGGGGGGGGGCGAUCUUAUUGAAACAUAUAAGAUUGUGAAGGGGCUUGAUCAGGUGGAUGCAGGGAGAAUGUUCCCAAUGAUGGGUGAAACUAGGACUGGGGGCCAUUCCAGGACUGAGAUGAAGAGAAAUUUCUUCACUCAGAGGGUAGUGGGGCUGUGGAAUUUACUGCCCCAGGGAGCUGUGGAAGCUACUACACUCAAUAAAUUCAAAACUGAGAUAGACAUUUUCCUGGAUAAAAAUGGCAUUAAGGGAUAAGGUGAGCGAGCAGGUAAGUGGACAUGAGGCUAGGUUUAGAUCAGCCAUGUGAUCUCCUGGACCAGUUUUCGAUAGCCUAGAUGGGUCGGAGAGGAAUUUUCCAGAUUUUUUCUCCUCAAUUGGCAAAUUGUUUUUUUUUCCCCCCGGGUGAUCACAUGGGUUUGGGCCGGAUGAAGAAUAAAAUAAAAUGGGUGGCAUGGUGCCCUGUUGGUUGGCACUGUUGCCUUGUGGGAUUUGGUGAAAACUAGAGUUAAGAUUGGAUCAGCCAUGAUCUUGUUGUAUGGCGGAGCAGGCUUGAGGGGCCAAUUGGCCUACUCCUGCUCCUAUCUCUUAUAUUCUUAUGUUAUCACCACUGCAUCUGUCUCCUCAAAGCACGAUAUCUUCCACAUCCCCAGUUUCAUGGCAUGAAUUGAUUUAAUAGCUGCUUUCAAUAUUUACUUAACCCUGGAUUUACACCCCAGUCUGAAUCUCUUAAACCUGGACAAAAACAAAAUUGACCAACUGGAGGAACUGAGUGGGUCAGGCAACAUCUGUGGAGGCAAAUGGAGAAUCGACAUUUCAGAAUGAGACAGUUCAGAUGAAGGAUCUCAGCCCAGCAUGUUGAUUGUACAUUUCUCUCCACAGAUGCAGCCUGACCUGCUCAGUUCCUCCAAUAUCAGACUUCUUACUCGAGAUUCCAGCAUCUGCAGUCUCUUGUGCCUCUCUUUUCAGAACUUGCCCCUUUCAGUCCUGCCUCAGACUGAACCAGGUUCUUCUCCCCGGCUUCAUUUCUGUUCUAUUUCUUCUUUAGCCCAUCACGUCUAUCGGGGCACAGGCUGCCAACAGCAGCUUGCCAGAUUCCUCUGCCCAGGGCCAUGAUUUGAUCAGCCCUGUGACUUUCCCUUUCUCCACACGACUUCAAUCGUCUUCUAGGGGAAGGUCCUUCCGAUCCCAGGGAUGAGGCCUUUGGAGAUUUUGUUGAUGUUUCUGUCUCACCGGGCUUUUGCAGGAUGGGGUUGCUAGCCCCGUGCCCAACCCUCCUCGUUUCGCAGCCGGGCUUAGGCAGUCUAUGGCCGAGUUUUCGUUUCUGUUAGGACCAGUUUAAUAUGUUUCCGAUCCCACCCUGAUAUGGAAAUGGCCACAAUUAUUUCCCACUGAACAUACGCAGCGACAUGAUGUUCAUUCCCCGAGACUGCAGCGCGUGUAGUGGACAAUCGCGGUACUGCAGGGGAUCAGCAGCUCCCCGACAGUGAAAGCAUUCUGAAUCAGGAAGUGCUGGGAGUUAACAUGGCUUCGAAAAGAAAGGCCGAGCGUUGGACCGAGGAGGUAAUUUGUCCCAUCUGCCUGGAUUUCUUCACCGAUCCGGUUAUACUGGAGUGUGGGCACAACUUCUGCCGCUCUUGUAUCACACUGUUUUGGGAAAGGGAGGAGAGAAACUCGUGCCCGGAAUGUAGAGAAGUGUUUGCUGACCGCACCCUCAGGGUCAAUCGGGCCUUAGCAAAUCUGGCUGAACAAGCUCGAAAUAUAAACCUGAAUCGGAAAGGGAAGAAAAAUAAACGUCACUGCGAGGAACAUGAGGAAGAACUGAAGCUGUAUUGUGAAACGGACAAGGCAUUGAUCUGUAUGAUCUGCAGAGAUGCGCCGGAACACAGAGAGCACCGCUUCAUGCUGAUUAAAGAAGCUGUUACACUCUACAAGGAUCAGCUAAAAUCUUCCUUAGGCUCUCUCACAAAAAAGAAAUCAGACUUCCAGGAAAAGGAGCAACAACAGAAAGAGAAGAUUUCCGGAGUUCGGGAACAGUCACACAGCCUUCAGUCCCACAUCACAUCCCAGUUUGCUGAACUGCACCAGAUUAUCACUGAGAAAGAGCAGAGCUUUCUCAGGGAUCUCAGGGAAGAAGAGGAGAGGAUUCUUAAUCCAAUGGAGAAAAAUCUUCUGGAGAUUCAAGAGCAUAUAAGGACUAUUCAGGAAGAAAUCUCAAAAUUAAAGGAACAGAUGGAUCAAAAAGACAGUGUGAUAUUUCUCAAGGAGGAAGCUCGUCGGAGGAGGAGGAUUAAUGACGAUGUCCAGGAAUUGACAAUGACAGAUGAGGCUCUACCAUUUAAAAAUUUCGAUCACCCCUAUUUGUUGAACACAGUGCUGAAAGAAAUACUCACUGCCAAUAAUCGAGUCUCUGUCACCCUGGAUGUGGAAACGGCGCACCCGUGUCUCGAGAUGUCUGAGGAUCGGAAGAGUGUGAGAUGGACUGGGACCCGGAGGGAUCUCCCUGACACCAGGAAGAGAUUCACAAACCGGGCUUGUGUGCUGGGAUCGGAGGGAUUCACAUCGGGGAGACAUUACUGGGAGGUGGAGGUGGCCGGGAAUCAGCACUGGUGUCUGGGAGUCGCUGCAGAGUCUGUGGACAGGAAGGAAGGGGACAGACUGAGUCCAGAGAUGGGAUUCUGGAUCAUCGAGCGGUCUUAUGAUGUGAUCCAGCGGGUUUGUGAUGUGAUGGGGGUUCCCACCACCCCUGAGUCCCAUCUCCCUGCUGGUCCUAUCCCCGGGAGGGUGGGAGUUUAUCUCAGUUACCAGUCCGGGACAGUUUCAUUUUACAAUGCGGAGACUAAGUCCCAUCUCCACACCUUCACUGGGAAUAAAUUCACGGGGAAACUUUAUCCUUUCUUCGCGCCUUGGGAUGAAAACCAGUGGCUGAGAAUCUGCUCCAGUUCUGCUCUGGGUCUGUAAAUGGGUCGGGUCCUGGGACCAUUGUCAGGAAUAAAGUCCUUGUAAAUAUAAAUGUGUUUAGAGUGAAAUAAACUCAAAAUGAGAAUUAUCAAUCCAUUAAUUUUAACUCGUUCACUGUGGCCGACAACAGAGUAGAAAAUGCGGAUUCAUAAGCAGCUGUGGGUGGCGGGUCCCGAGCUCCCCCGGGUCCUGAAGUUCACUCGCACUGAAACAGGUGAAGUGGGACAAGUGCUGACUGGAAAAAGCAGUGAAGAUUGCUUUUUUAUUAAAAAGCAAAUUAAAUCCA